AUGUCCUGCUGUCACCUGAGAUCCGCACGCCUCUCUCGCACAGGCUUCGCGCUGACCGAAGGCAGCACAAUCACUCCCGUGUGCCCAGAAGGAUACUUCCCCUGUGGGAACCUGACCAAGUGCUUGCCGCGCUCUUUCCACUGCGACGGCGUGAACGACUGUGGGGACGGGGCGGACGAGGACAACUGCGGGGACACUAGUGGAUGGGCGACUAUAUUUGGCACAAUCCAUGGAAAUGCUGACGAAGUGACUUUCGCACCGGAGUGCUUCCUGACCCAGCACCCGCGGCGCUGUGACUGUCGAGGGACGGAGCUGGAGUGCGUGAACGCCGGCCUCAGGUCCGUGCCGCCCACCUCCGGCAACGUGACGCUCCUGUCUCUUAAGAAAAACAAAAUUCGCAGUCUUCCAGAUAAAGUUUUCAUCAAAUACACAGCACUUAGAAAGAUAUUCCUUCAGCAUAACUGCAUCAGACACAUAUCCAGGAAAGCAUUUGUUGGAUUACAUAACCUGCAAAUACUAUAUCUCAGCCACAACUGCAUCACCGCCCUCAGGCCUGGGCUGUUCAAGGACCUACACCAGCUGGCUUGGCUAAUUCUGGAUGACAAUCCAAUAACCAGCAUUUCACAGCAGCUAUUCACUGGAUUAAAUUCCUUGUUUUUCCUGUCUAUGGUUAAUAACUGCUUAGAAGCCCUUCCCAAGCAGAUGUGUGUCCAGGUGCCUCAACUAAACUGGAUGGACUUGGAAGGGAACAGAAUAAAGUAUCUUACGAAUUCCACCUUUCUGUCGUGCGAUGCGCUCACUGUGCUGUUUCUGCCUAGAAAUCAAAUUGAUUUUGUUCCAGAGAAGACAUUUUCUUCAUUAAAAAAUUUAGGAGAACUGGACCUGUCUGGCAAUAUGAUAACAGAGCUACCCGCCCACAUUUUCAAAGACCUGAAGCUUCUGCAAAAACUGAACCUGUCGUCAAACCCUCUCUUGCAUCUCCACAAGAACCAGUUCGAAGGCCUGCAACAACUUCAGUCUCUAGACCUGGAAAGGAUAGAGAUUCCAAAUAUAAACACACGCAUGUUUCAGCCCAUGAGGAAUCUUUCUCACAUUUAUUUCAAAAACUUUCGAUACUGCUCCUAUGCUCCCCAUGUCCGAAUAUGUGUGCCCCUGACUGACGGCAUUUCUUCACUUGAGGACCUCUUGGCUAACAAUAUCCUCAGAAUAUUUGUCUGGGUUAUAGCUUUCAUAACCUGCUCUGGAAACCUUUUUGUCAUUGGCAUGAGAUCUUUCAUUAAAGCAGAAAACACGACUCACGCCAUGUCCAUCAAAAUCCUUUGCUGUGCGGACUGCCUGAUGGGUGUGUAUUUGUUUCUCGUUGGCUUUUCCGACCUGAAGUACCGCGGGCAGUACCAGAAGUACGCGCUGGUGUGGACGGGCAGCGUGCAGUGCCGCCUCAUGGGCGCCCUGGCCAUGCUGUCCACGGAAGCCUCUGUCCUGCUGCUCACAUACUUGACGCUGGAGAAGUUCCUGGUCAUUGUCUUUCCCUUCAGUAACAUUCGUCCCGGAAAACGGCAGACCUCGGCCAUCCUCCUUGGCAUCUGGAUUGUGGGAUUUUUAAUAGCUGUGAUCCCAUUUUGGAAUGAGGAUUAUUUUGGAAACUUUUAUGGAAAAAAUGGAGUAUGCUUCCCACUUUAUUAUGAUCAAGCCGAAGAUACCGGGAGCAAAGGGUAUUCUCUUGGAAUUUUCCUAGGUGUGAACUUGCUGGCGUUUCUCAUCAUGGUCUUUUCCUAUGGUGUUAUGUUCUGCUCCAUUCAAAGAACAGCCUUGCACACUUCGGAAGUGAGGAGCCGCCUCCGGAGAGAGGUGGCUGUGGCGAACCGCUUCUUGAUCAUCGUGUGCUCUGAUGCCAUCUGCUGGAUUCCUGUGUUUGUCAUCAAAAUCCUUUCCCUCCUCCGCGUGGAGGUACCAGACACAGUCACCUCCUGGGUCGUGGUUUUCUUCCUGCCCGUGAACAGCGCCUUGAACCCAGUGCUUUACACACUCACCACCAGCUCCUUCAAGGACAAGCUGCAGCAGCUGCUGCACAGGCAUCGGAGGAAAUCGGUUUCCCAAACUCAAAAAACAAGUUUGUCUGCAUCCAUUGUAUGGACAGAUGACUCCUCUUCCCUGAAACUUGGGGUUUUGAACAAAGUAACUUUUGGGGACAGUAUAACAAAACCGAUGUCCUGGUAA